AUGGCCCGACCGCACCGUCGACCGACCGAACUGACCGGCGGCGGAUGCGCGCGGGGGCCUUUGCUUGGAGUUUUGGACAGCCUUGCGCUCUCUCGGCGACGCGACGCCGCCGCAACGUCACGGCCGCCUUCUCUUGUCUCCGACGACGCGGCCGACGGCGGCGGCGCACCGCCCGAUGCACGUUCCUGGGCGUCUCCGAAGACGACGCCGAUGGCGAAUACUCGCAACACCACGCACGGCGACGGCCGGCGAUGCCGCGCUUCCUCGAGACGUGAACGGAGCGGCCGCGCGCGCCGGACCGUCGGGACCGUCGGAGCACAGAGCCGGCGCAUGCGGAUCGAUGGCGCAACGCAACGACGACGGGCGUCAUGCACGCGAGCCCAUGGGGGGAUGGAGGAGGCCUGGCGUCGGGGCGUCCCGAGGAGAUGGGACGCUGGCGCAGGCUGA